AUGACGGUUCCUUCAGCAGAUGUAUCGGUUCUCCACAGAGCAGAUGGCUCAGCACAGUACUCGGCAGCUGGCUACACGGUCGUGGCGGCCGUCAAUGGUCCCAUCGAAGUAAUGCGCCGCGAUGAGCUGCCUCAGCAUGCUGCUCUCGAAGUAAACGUGCGUCCUUCUGUCGGUGUCGGCAGUCCCAAGGAACGCCAUCUCGAAUCCCUCAUCCAUGCAACUCUUCGCGACAUCGUUCUCACCCACAUGCACCCUCGCACUCUGAUCCAAUUGACUCUCCAAAUCGUCAACACCCCCGAGCAAGAAAACACUCUUCCUGCCUCAUUCGCACUCUCACCCCUCCCAGCCCUCCUCAACGCCGCCAUCCUCGCCUUCCUCAGCGCCAGUAUCCCUUUAACCAGCACAUUUACCUCCGUCCUGCUUGCCACUCAAUCCUCUGGCGCCAUCUCCAUUGAUCCUGCGCCAAAACUUAUUCUUUCCGCCUCUUCAACCCACGUCUUUGCCUUUUCGUCCACUGGAAACUUGAUUUUGGAUCUGAGCGAAGGCGAAUUCGAUAUCGAUACUUGGGAAAAGGCACACGACAAGGCAAAGGAAGAGUGCUGUAAAGAACAACUUGAGGAUAGUGAUGCCAUGGAAGAGGGUAAACCUAGUUUACAGGGUUUCGUGGAGAGAGUGGUGGAGGCGAGAGUUGACAAGGAGAGAGCCUGGAAGAACGGAUAG